UCGAUUAAGCAACUUUGUAUAAAUCGAUGACAUUUACGAGUAGUAAUUUUGCAGAAAAGUUACAAACUUAAUAGUUGAAGACCUCAUACAACAGAUCGUUGCUGAAUUUUAUUAAAAAUGAAGUCUAUAAAUUGGUUGUUUUUAACGUUGAGUGUGUUUGUGAUUUAUUCUAGAAAAACCUCAGCACACAAUAAAUCUGUCCAUGUAGACUGUUACAAUGUGUUUAUUCCUCUUAUUGAACGUGUUUCAAGUGAUGCUAAAAAAGCAUCAGCAAAUUGUGUCAGCAUUGCAAAUACCGAAAAGGAUAGAGAAUUGGUAGCCAUAAACAAUACCCGCUCUGAGCUUUUUACUGAAGUUAAGAGAAUCAAGGAAACCCUAGCACAUUGUUCCUCACGAAGUGAUCAUUUGGGAUAUUUUGAAUGUCUUAAUGGAAUUAUUGAAGUUGACAAGAAAAUUGUUGGCGACAUAACUUUGAAAUCAUCAUUGUAUUCUAAUAAAAUCAACAAAAUUGAAAAGCAGGAAUUGGAUUGUUUUCGAAAUUCAGUUAUAAAAUUGAAAGAUAAGAUUUCCACUGGUAUUAAGAACUUACAUAACUGUUUGUUGUCUGAAGAAGAUGCAAGUCCAAUGGAGUCUGGUGAAAGAUCAAGGCAUUCCGAAAUGCAUCAUAGUUCUAUUCAUCAACAGUCAUCUAGUGUUCAUUUAACAUCAAAUGAUCCACAAACAACUCCUUAUCCCGAAUAUCGAUAUGACGAUUAUGAUAUUAAUAAUUAUUGAAAUUUAUUUUAUAAUAAAAGAUCAGUUAA